CAAAUGCCCAAAUGGCUAAUUUCAUCCCAAACCGAUAAAGUCAACACUCAAAAACUACAACACAACACCACCGUAGAAUACAGUUAAUUCGAACCUUCUCCUUUCUCUCCUCAAAAUCUGAAAUAGACACUGCCGAUGCGAAAUUACAUUCUCACCCUCCCUCCUUUCCUCCAUUGCAGCUGCAGCUCAAAUGAUAAUUGAUGCAUACGCGCCUUUCCUUUGACUACGUUCUUUCUCAUCAUCAAUGGCGGACUCCAACUCGUCGCACUCUCAACACUCCCCUUCUGAUUACGCGCCAGCAGCUGAGGAUCGCGUGACCGACGCCGCCGGAUCCGGCAAUGGAGCUAAGUACCGUCUCAUGUCUCCGGCCAAACUCCCGAUCUCGAGGUCUACUUGCAUUUCUGUUCCACCUGGACUCAGUCCGACGUCGUUUCUGGAGUCCCCCAUUCUUCUCUCUAACAUCAAGGCGGAACCUUCUCCAACCACUGGUUCCUUUUUCAAGCGUCAAUGGAUGCAUGGUUCUGGUGAAAAUCCUGCACUUUCAAUGGUAAAAAAUAUUUCCACUGAAAACACCGUUGAUGAAAGAAUGACCAGCAGUUUUGAGUUUAGUUUUCAAACUGGAGCCUGUUCUACAUCAGGAAUAUCAUCCGCUGGGCUGUCGUCUAUGAAGAAUUAUUGGUGCCUCCAAUUCAAGACAAUUAAUUUAGUUUCAACGGACAAGGUGCCAGAGAAGAAGAUACACGUAAUGAAUAUGAUUUCAACCAAUCAUGUCUUUUAGGCCUUCCUAAUUUGUCACAUGUAUUGAUGCCCAUGGUAUUACAACCUGCUCCCUUAAAUUUGCAAUGUCCUUAUGGAUGUUGUCAUGCAAUCUUAGGAUCCCAAGAUUCCCAUUGCCAGGCUCGAGGACUCUAGAGGUAUCUUCUUCGAGUUCAAGAGGUGGCUCCCUCCCUAUGGUGUCGCACUUUGUUCAGCAUAGCACUUAGCUCUCAGUCUUCGUCUGUCGAACGACUUUGAUACCAUUCCUGUUAAAAGCUAGGUCCUUCCUCAAAACUUGAAGGUGACAUGAGUCUUUUAAGCAUGCUUUGUCUCUCAUUUCCCAGGAGGUCACUCAUCUCGCAUUGCUUUCUAUGGACUGGGUAUUGUUAAUAUGACUUCUACCAAUGAAGCCCUUAAGUUUUCCUAGUCUGACGUGAGUUUUAUGUCACGGCACAGGGUAUUCCUUGUCUAGAGAUAAAAGGUGUAAUUGCUAGACCCUAUAAAUCAAUUUUAUAUAGUUGAUGAAAAUCUUCUUGGAGAUUUAACUCCUCCAUGGCUACUCUAUUUAAUAGAUGCAAUUUUCUCUAUUUGCCAUAUUCGCAAAUGUCUAAUCUGUCUUCUGUGAAUAUUUGGAUCUGUGCAUCUGUGCUAAUAUCUAAUUUCUUUGUGGAAAAGAUUCUUGUAGGAUUGAAUCAGAUCGGACCAGUCAAUCAGCAUAAUCAACGUUAUUCAUUAUCUCCCGCACCAUCAGCUUUGGCUGGAGAUUUACAGGAUGCAUCUGUUGUUGGUAGUACUACUGAUGAAUUAAAUCAAGGACAUUCCAAAACGGGUAUUAUAGAAUCAUCCUCCGAACAUAAAGAUAGUGUCUCCUCGGUCUCAGCUGAGAGAACAUCAGAUGAUGGUUAUAAUUGGAGGAAAUAUGGGCAGAAACUGGUUAAAGGGAGUGAAUUUCCUCGAAGUUAUUACAAAUGUACAUAUCCCAAUUGUGAGGUUAAAAAGAUAUUUGAGCGUUCUCCAAGUGGACAGAUUACAGAGAUUGUUUACAAGGGUUCACAUGAUCAUCCAAAACCUCAAGCUUCAAGGCGACACAAUCUUGGGGCUCUUUUACCCAUCCAAGAGGAUAAAUUGGAGAAGGAUUUAUCAAUCAGUGAUCAAGAGGGGAAGUUGAAUGCAACCAAUAUGGAGCAAAAUGGCUCUCCCAUGUUUUCUCCUCUACAAGCUAACAAGGAGGAAAACGAUGGUUCUGAUUCACAAUUUCAAGGCAUUAAUGACAAUGGUGAAGCAGAUGAUCCAUUUCUCAAGCGGAGGAAAAUGGAGGAUAGUCUUGAUUUAACACCAGUUGUUAAGCCGAUUCGUGAACCGCGAGUUGUUGUUCAAACUGUCAGUGAGGUUGAUAUACUGGAUGAUGGAUAUCGAUGGCGCAAGUAUGGCCAGAAAGUGGUCAGAGGCAAUCCAAAUCCGAGGAGUUACUACAAAUGCACGCAUAUUGGAUGUCCCGUGCGAAAACAUGUAGAGAGGGCAUCUCACGACCCCAAAGCUGUCAUAACCACUUAUGAGGGAAAGCACAAUCAUGAUGUCCCGACUGCCAAGAACAGUAGCAAUGAGUAUGCCGGAAUUCCUAGAGCUAGGCCACAAGAUGGUGGUUCUAUAUGCCUUGAUCUUGGUGUUGGAAUUGGCUGUAACACUGAGAUUAGAACUAAUGAACAUUUGCAAGCUUUAGAUGGUGAAGUUGUUCAGAACCAAAUCGGGACAAAUGAUCCGAGAACAAUGGCUGUUCAUGGCUCUCAAAUCCCUAUUUUCUAUGGCAGAGUAAAUGGUGGCUUGAAUCUUUAUGGAAAUAGAGAAAAUCGUGUGGCAGAUGGUGGCUUUCAGACUCCAUCGAUACAUCCCUCUAAUCAAUGUCAGCAAAACCUUGGAAGUAUAGUUUUGGGGCCAUAAAAUUAUUGCUUGAUGUUAUGAUAAUAAAAAAUAAAUGAAAGUUGAUAUUUGUUUUUCCAACUCUGUUUUAUUAGCAAAGUUAAAGCUAAGGGCUUUUUUUAUCCUUAUUGUGGUAUGUUCAUCGUUUCUGGUUAAAGCACCAAGAUGGAUAACCUUUUUCGGUUUCUUAAUAUGUUGAAUCUUUUGUAGGCUAAAGUACAUAUAUAGACCAAAAGGG